CUUGUAUUUAAGGUCAGAGUGAAAGAAUGACUAGGGGCAAGGAACCAAUGAUAAGUACACAAGGGAGUGAAGAACUCUGUCAACAAGAGCGUAGGGAAUUAGGGUAUUGAAGCCGAUACGGGCACGGGGCUCUAGUGCUGCUCCGGCGACUAGGUUGCUGGAUUCAGUAGGAGUCUGAGUGGGCCCUUCGCCAGUAACAAUAGACUAAAUGCUCGUGGAGUAAGAUUACUGGGAAAGUUCAUCCAUCUCGAUAGGGUGGUUUGUCGGUUUCUUCGUUGCCAGUGGGGCUGGGCUAGGGGUUUGCGAUGUCUGUCAAGUUUGUUAUUACCUGACGAGGUUCAUCUUUUGCUUCGUUUUUCUUUUUCUCUUCUUUGACGGUACCAUUCUCAGUUCUAUCUGUGUGACAAUGCAGAGUUCUUCUGUGCUGGAUAGGUGACGUUGUUGGGUAGCCAGUGUGGAUAUUCAAGUCUCAAUCUCAAAAGAUGACAAUGACUGCCUCAAACCCGCACGGAACGGGCCUGGUGGUCCUGAUAUGGGUUCUGACAAGCACCUCGGUGGUCGUGGUCUCUCUGCGCGUCCUGGCCAAAACGAAGAUUCGCCAAUUCCGGACAGACGAUGUCGUGAUGAUCUUUGCGCUGAUCCUAGGUAUCAUCGCCAGCUCCCUAAACACCAUCGCAGUCCAGUACGGAUACGGUCUACCGGACGCAACCGUCCCCGAGCCUGGCGCGACGACGGGUCGAAAAUUCUACACCGUAGGCCAGGCCUUUCUGAUCCUCUGUACAGCCGUCGGCCGCGCCGCCUUCGUGUUAUACCUCCUAGCCAUCCUGGGCGGCCAGAAAUGGCAGCGGAUCAUCCUGACGGCUCUGGCCAGCAUGGAGGUGGUUUUUAAUUCUGUCUGCAUCAUCUUGAUGUUUGCUUCUUGCACGCCUGUGUCCAUGCUUUGGGAUUACACGGUUGAGGGGACCUGUGCCGCGGACUCCAUCCAGGUCAAUUUUGGGUAUUUCCAGAGCGUAUUCAACAUCUUCGUUGAUCUGUACCUGGCCGUCGUCCCGACCUAUAUCUUCUGGCACCUCAACCUCAAACUCGGGAUCAAAAUCAGUUUGGUGGCCCUCAUGAGCGGUGGACUUGUUGCCAUGGCCGCCGCCCUCGUCAAAACCAUCCAACUCCCCGAAAUCCACAACGACGCACUAGGCGGCACGAUCAACCUCCUCCGCUGGGGCUACAUCGAAGCAAACCUCGUGAUCAUCACCGCGUCGCUGCCUUGUCUCCGCUCUCUUAUUCUCUCGGGGUUCCAUUAUAUGACGAGUAGCGGACAGCGGUCUCGCUCGUAUGAGCUUGGUGCAGCGUUUACGGGGACACGGGCGGGGACGACGUCAGUUACAGCGCAGAAGACGUCUCAUAGAAAGACUGAUUCGCGGUUGCGUGGGAUGUUGUCGACCAGGAAUCGGGGCGAUGAUGGGGCGAGUGUUGAUCGUAUACUUGGUAGUCGGAAUAGUCUUGAUGGGGUGGAGACGGGUGGGAGUAGUCAGGAGCUGGGGCGGGGUCGGCUGGGAUUCGGAAGCAGGUUGACGUGA